UGCUAACGGCUGGAGAAGUUCGAACUCGCUGACGUAUGCGGCUUGUUCUGUAAGGCACGGUUCCACGUACGCGCGAGGCUACCCCGGGUCUGAGUGCAGGAGUCACUGGUUUGACCAAGGAUGCACGUGGCUGUUCUCUUCGCUGGCGUGCUGCACGCCGCCCUACUGAAUCAAGUGAGUGGACUUCAUACCAUAGUUGGCCAGUAUGGAGAAGCUAUCGAGGUGCCUUGCAACAAGGGGAAUGUCCGGCCAGAGGAGGUCUUCAUAGCCAAAUGGAAAUAUACCAAUGCCGAUGGCAGCACUGGUGACCUCCUGGUCAAAUCUCAGGGGAUGAACACCACUCUGUCUGACAACGCAGACUACCACAGCAGGAUCAGCCUGACCAGAGACCUCAGCUUGCGCAUAUCUCAGGCAAAACUGGUGGAUCAGAAGAUCUUCACUUGCAUGGUGGUCAUCGGUGCCGACAUAUUUGAGCACCCUGUUCAAGUGACAGUUCAGAAGGCCCCCUCCGUGCCCACGAUAACUAAUCAAGCCAUAGAGGCAGAGAUUGGCAAACUAACUACGCUGGGAGAGUGCUCCACCCAAAACGCUUACCCAGCGGCAAACAUUACAUGGUAUAAGAAUGGCGUUCCACUCACGGCCGAUCAGACAGCAGUCAAGCUAACGGCAGCCGUGCACGAAGACAGAGCAACUGGCCUCUUGUCCACGUCCUCCAAGCUCGAGUACGCUGCCGUGAAGGGAGACCUGAACGCCAAGUUUACCUGCGCCAUCCAUCAUAAGAGCCUGACCUCUGACCUGCUGUCCGGCCCUGUGACCUUCAUCAUCAAUUACCCCACAGAGAACAUCAGCCUCCUGGUUACCCCAGCAGGCACCAUCAAGGAGGGAGACAAUGUGACCCUGAAGUGCAAAGCCGACGGGAACCCACCCCCCACCGGCUACAGCUUCCACAUCAAGGGGAAGAAGGUGACAGUGGAGAAGUCAGACACGUACACGCUGAUGGACGUCACGCGGGCCAGCAGUGGGGAAUAUAAGUGCUCCCUGGUGGGCAACGACACCAUGGCAGCCUCGAGGAACAUCGUGGUCACGUAUCUGGAUAUUGCUCUUGUCACAAGAGGAAAGGUCCAGAAAUACGUCGGUGAUCGCUUCGAGGCGGCCAUGCUGGUGAGCGCAUCUGGAGAAGCCCAGAUCUCCUGGUCAAAGAACAAUGCAAAGCUGAAUGGUGCACCCAGGUUUGACAAGCUGAAAUACUCUGACUCUGGAGUGUACGAAUGUGUGGCUACCAUGGCUGGUCUUGUGAAGAAAGCCUCCUUUGAGCUCGCUGUCCAAGGUCCCGCUGAGAUCAGCAGGCUGACCAAGCGGCGCAGUGAUGAUGGCAUGUUGAAGGUGCUGAGCUGCGAGGCGCUUGGCUCACCCAAACCCACCGUGCAGUGGAGCAUCAAUGGCACCAAUGCUACUGAAAGUGCCUUUGUGGAAGGGAAAGUCAUCCACAGAAUCACCAUCAGCCCCACAGUGAACCUGACAGUGAACUGCACCGUCACGAACAGUCUGGGUCAGGACACACAGAGCAUCGCCGUGUCGACUCUAUUUGACGAGGUGACAAUGGAUAAGCAAGCAGAGCAGGCAGAGAGCUCCAGGGAGCAGACGCGUCUGGUGGUGGGGGUCAUGGUAGGGCUUCUCCUGGCUGCUGUAGCUGUUGGUCUCACCUACUGGCUCUACUUGAAGAAAACCAGGGAAGGCUCCUGGAAAACUGGAGAAAAGGAAGAUGGCACGCUAGAGGAAAGCAAGAAGCUGGAGGUCAAGCAGAACCAAAAAGCCGAGGUGUAAAGCUCAGAGAACCCUGUCAGGGACAAGAGGCAGUACUGUAGCAAGAGUAUUGCAAUCUGCACAAGUGUGUGGGAAGCUGGGUAUGGACCUUGGUGUUUGCUCGAUGGGCCUUUGUCUGAACCAGGGUCUCUAAUGUAUUUCUCACUCUUCUUGCAGAAGGGAGAUCUGAAAAAUUGUUCGCAUUGUAUAUUUGUAAAUCUUCUGCACUGAGGAUUAUUCGUGUAAUGUACCUAUUUGGAAACUUGAGUAUACUGUUAAUAUUUGUUGCUAUUGGUAAAGGAUUAGGGCCUUCUUGUUUUGUUUUUUUUAUUAUUAAAAACAAAUAUAAUUUCCUUUGGCCAAUUUACCUCAUUUGUAGGAAAACUGACUCCCUUUCUGUGUUGGAGUAAGUGGUGUUGGCCCUGUCAGGUGUGACCUCCCUGUUCUUUCCUGUACCUGACCCUUUUUUUCAGAUUGCACAUUGUACCUGAUUUGGACUGCUGCUCACAGUACUGGUUUUAUAGUACCUGGUCGAGACUGCUGUUAAGAGAGCUAGUUUUGCAUGGGUUCUGGCAGUCUCUUGGGCACUUGGUUAGUUUUCUGUUCUGAGAAAUAAACGGUCAUGUUAAUUCUGAAAUAAACCUUUUCAAAUUUAAAAUAGAUCUGCUUAUUUGGGAUUUCAGUUUGUAUUUUCUUGGUACAGACAUUUCAGCAUUAAUUUAGCAUAUGGAUUUUAAACUUGAUGAUUUUUGAGGGAAAUUAAUAAUUAAAUAAUAAUGAAUGUUUUUGCAUUGGGUGGAUAUUGAGUCUGUUUUAAAUCUGGAGAAUUUGUAAAAGGAUCAUAGAUGAUAAAGUUGAAAAUCAACCAUAUUUUGAGUAGAACUAGUACAAUAUGUUAUGCUGAAUAAGAACCAUGUGUACAAGCUA